GUUCACCUGCCGCAUCUACUACCGCUGUGAUAGGUUUUGUUCUUACGAGUUUAAAAAGGCAUGACAUCAAAAAAUGCCUUUAUUGUAAAACGACCGCUUCAAGUCGCUUUUGCACUCGAGACAACUCACAGAUUUCUUGAGUCGGACUCCGCCGAGCGAGAUCAAAAGAUGCCUAAGUCAUUCUUGGUCAAAAAGCGGGUAGCGAUAACAGCUUGCAUAGACUCCCAAGAAAUCCCAGACACUGAGAUAAAAAGCGAAUCUGGACAAACAGCUGAAAUGGUACGAGAUGACUCGGAGGAGAAAGAGACGAAAAGCGCCCCAUCAAAUAGACCUUUUGAUAUUGUAAACUUAUUCGCGCCCGAUAAGCUGACGAAAAAGGAGACCAGUCCUACACAGUGGAGACCCUUCGUUCCAAAUAGACCAAAUAUGGGGCUAAUGGAACCGAAUGUACUUUCUGCAAAUGGUGGCAGACCUUAUCUUCCUCGCUUUUCAAGCCCAUAUACACCCGAUGCGUUCAGUCCAUUCCUUGGUUUGUCUCCUUUUGUACGUCUCCCGCCUCAGCCAUUCUUGGGCGACCGCAGAUUACCUUUUCCUUAUUGGCAAUCAACAUUCUUUGCAAACCCUUUCACAAACUCGUUCGUGCGUGUCGGAAAUGGAACAGAAAACGCGUUUAAACAGACUUUGCGUGGAACCACCCCGUCAAAUGUAAGCGAGAAGAAGAAACCCGAACAGGCGUACAACGGUCAAACGUUCGAUUGCCUCAACUGUAAGAAGGUUUUCAGCACACCGCAUGGUUUGGAAGUACACGUGCGACGUUCGCACUCUGGACAGCGACCCUUUGCUUGCGACGUGUGCGGGAAAACGUUUGGCCAUACAGUUAGCUUAGAGCAACACAAGAACAUCCACACGAACGAAAGAUCGUUCGAGUGUAAACAAUGCAAUAAGACUUUUAAGCGCUCAUCCACCCUCUCAACUCACAUGUUGAUUCACUCAGACACAAGACCCUUUCCUUGCGACUACUGCGGAAAAAGAUUCCAUCAAAAGUCUGACAUGAAGAAACACACAUACAUUCACACGGGAGAGAAGCCUCACAAGUGUCUGCAGUGUGGCAAGGCGUUUAGUCAGUCUUCAAAUCUUAUCACACACAGUCGCAAACACUCCGGUUUUAAACCGUUCGCUUGUCGCCACUGUGAUCGAGCAUUCUACCGCAAAGUCGAUUUAAGACGUCAUGCUUACACUCAUGAAAUGGACCCGCUAGCGAUGAAAGAUUCGCAGAAUAAUUUUUAGUGACAUUUUCUGCUUUUAUAAUCUGUUAAACUAAAAAUGCUAAACCAAGGCAUGAUCUAAAUUUUGUAGAAAAAUUAACAAUAAUAAUUAUGAUGAAAUAAAAUCCAAAUAGUAGAGUUAAUGACCUGGUCUAAAUUCUGGAACACUUCUUACAAUGAAUUUGUUGCCACAGGAAAAAAAAAGAGGAAGUUUGUUCGUAAAUAAAUGUAGAGGAGAUGCUCCCGUGGUGUAUUUCAAAUAUAAUACAAAUCAAUCGUUCGUAUAAUACAAAUCAAUGGUACGUAUAAAAGCUAAGCUCUUUCUAAAUCAAAUUGUGUUUCCUUUUUUGAAAGCUUGUUAACCGUAUCGUCUGCUUAUAU